AUGGUCAAGUCUGAUGGUGAAGAUGGAGACACUAGAACUGAAUCGUACGAUAAAUCAAGUGUUGUUGAAGAUAAAUUCAAUGAACUGGAGAAAGAAGACAUUAGCAUAAAACCAUCAAAUAAAUCCUUGACUUGUACACUUCAAAAACAACAAAGAUCUUUUAGCAUAGAGGAAAUGGCAGACUUAAAGUUGGAGAUCUUACAUCUGCUUUGGUUGUUGAAUGCAGUCGGACAGAUGGUUCGGAGUCUUAAUGGAUGCAGAGUUACCAACCAGAUCAUGCGCUAUAUCCAAAAUGUGAUAAUUUUUAGCCCUAGGUACAUGAGGUGCACCAUUAAUCAGAUUCCUUGCACUUCAGAUCUUUUAAACACAUCUGGCAUACAAUUGGCUUUAUUGGUUCAGCCUUUUGAUUUAUAUGUAUUAAUUAAUUAA